CUGAGCCUGUGGUGGGAAUUGAACGUAUUCGCGCUCUAUUCGUCUCACUUUUCGGUUGCUUGCACGAAUUGUGCAGUAAAAAACAGCAUUCUCGCACAGUUGCUUCAUAAAUUAUUGUUCGUAACUUAUUUCUCUUGCACUUUUAGAAAUAUAUCAGUCAUCAUGCACGUGAUCAAGAGAGACGGGCGUCACGAGCGUAUCAUGUUCGACAAAAUCACCUCCCGCAUUCAGAAGCUGUGCUACGGGCUCAACGCGGAUUUCGUGGACCCUACCCAUAUCACCAUGAAGGUCAUUCAGGGCCUGUACAGUGGGGUGACCACGGUGGAGCUGGACACCCUGGCCUCAGAGAUCACGGCCACGCUCACCACCAAGCACCCGGACUACGCCAUCCUGGCUGCCCGCAUCGCCGUGUCCAACCUGCACAAGGAGACCAAGAAGGUGUUCAGCGACGUCGUGGAGGACCUGUACAACUACGUCAACCCCCUGAACAACCGUCACUCGCCCAUGGUUUCCAAGGAGACCCUCGACCUCGUCAUGGCCCACAAAGACCGUUUGAACUCUGCCAUCAUCUUCGACCGAGACUUCUCCUACAACUUCUUCGGAUUCAAGACCCUGGAGCGCUCCUACCUGCUGAAGAUCAACGGUAAAGUUGCCGAGCGACCCCAGCACAUGCUGAUGAGGGUUGCCGUGGGGAUCCACAAGACGGACAUCGACGCGGCCAUCGAGACCUACAACCUUCUGUCGGAGAAGUGGUUCACGCACGCCUCCCCCACGCUGUUCAACGCUGGCACCAACCGACCCCAGCUCUCCAGCUGCUUCCUGCUGGCGAUGAAGGACGACAGCAUCGAGGGGAUCUACGACACGCUGAAGCAGUGCGCACUCAUCUCCAAAUCCGCCGGGGGCAUCGGCGUGGCCGUCAGCUGCAUCAGGGCCACGGGCAGCUACAUCGCAGGGACGAACGGAAACUCCAACGGGUUGGUGCCCAUGCUGAGGGUGUACAACAAUACGGCUCGCUACGUGGACCAGGGCGGCAACAAGAGGCCCGGGGCCUUCGCCAUGUACCUGGAGCCCUGGCACUUCGACAUCUUCGAUUUCCUGGAGCUGAAGAAGAACACGGGGAAGGAGGAGCAGAGGGCCCGGGACCUGUUCUACGGUCUCUGGAUCCCAGACCUCUUCAUGAAGAGGGUGGAGAGCAACCAGGACUGGUCUCUGAUGUGCCCCAGCGAUUGCCCGGGUCUGGAUGAGUGCUGGGGGGAGGAGUUUGAGAAGCUCUACACCAGGUACGAGCGGGACGGCAAGGCCAAGCGGGUGGUGAAGGCGCAGCAGGUGUGGUACGCCAUCAUCGAGUCUCAGACGGAGACCGGCACGCCCUACAUGCUCUACAAGGACGCCUGCAACCGCAAGAGCAACCAGCAGAACCUGGGCACCAUCAAGUGCAGCAACCUGUGCACCGAGAUCGUGGAGUACACCAGCAAGGACGAGGUGGCGGUGUGUAACCUGGCCUCCAUCGCCCUGAACAUGUACGUGACUCCGGAGCGAACCUUCGACUUCCAGAAGCUCGCCUCCGUCACCAAGGUGAUCGUCAGGAACCUCAACAAGAUCAUCGACAUCAACUACUACCCCGUGCCCGAGGCGGAGAGGUCCAAUAAGAGGCACAGGCCAGUGGGCAUCGGGGUGCAGGGCCUGGCCGACGCCUUCAUCCUGAUGCGCUUCCCGUUCGAGAGCCCCCAGGCCCAGCUGCUCAACUCCCAGAUCUUCGAGACCAUCUACCACGCCUCCCUGGAGGCCAGCUGUGAGCUCGCUGCUGAGCUCGGGCCCUACGAGACCUACCAGGGCUCGCCCGUCAGCCGCGGGGUCCUGCAGUAUGACAUGUGGGAGAAGACCCCCACAGACCUGUGGGACUGGAGCGCGCUCAAGGAGAAGAUCACCAAACAUGGGGUGAGGAACAGCCUGCUCCUGGCCCCCAUGCCCACGGCCUCCACCGCCCAGAUCCUGGGCAACAACGAGUCCAUCGAGCCCUACACCAGCAACCUGUACACCCGGCGCGUGCUCUCCGGGGAGUUCCAGAUUGUGAACCCACACUUGCUGAAGGACCUGACUGAGAGAGGUCUGUGGAACGAGGAGAUGAAGAACCAGCUCAUCGCCCAGAACGGCUCCAUACAGGGCAUCGAGGAGAUCCCUGCUGACCUGAAGGAGCUGUACAAGACCGUGUGGGAGAUCUCCCAGAAGACCGUGCUCAAGAUGGCGGCCGACCGCGGGGCCUUCAUCGACCAGAGCCAGUCCCUGAACAUCCACAUCGCCGAGCCCAACUACGGCAAGCUGACCAGCAUGCACUUCUACGGCUGGAAGCAGGGCCUGAAGACGGGCAUGUACUACCUGCGGACCAAGCCGGCCGCCAACCCCAUCCAGUUCACCCUCGACAAGCAGAAGCUGAAGGAGACGCAGCCCGCCGCCCCCCCGCCGCCCCAGGAGGAGCAGAAGGAGCGCAACAACGCCGCCAUGGUGUGCUCCCUGGAGAACCGUGACGAUUGCCUGAUGUGUGGCUCCUAAACCCGCCCCUGUACCCGCCCCUGUACCUCGCCCCUACAACCAGCCCCUUUACCCCGCCCCUAAACC